GACGAUCUUUUCCGGGUCGAGAAGUUAGCACUCCCACGAAUGUGAGCUAGCGGGCCCCAAGUCGUUCAUUUAAAAUCCCCCCAAGGACCUUUAAUCGCACAUUUCAACGCGUACAAUACGGAGCAUUCACGUGUAUCACUCUGUAACCAUAUGACACAGCGAUGCCGGCGCUCAGCUGUCGAUUUUAUCACCACCGGUUCCCGGAGGUGGAGGACGUUGUGAUGGUGAAUGUCCGGUCCAUCGCCGAGAUGGGCGCGUACGUCAGCCUCUUGGAGUACAACAACAUCGAGGGCAUGAUCCUCCUCAGCGAGCUGUCCCGUCGACGUAUCCGCUCCAUCAACAAGCUCAUCCGCAUAGGCCGCAAUGAGUGCGUGGUCGUCAUCCGAGUAGACAAAGAGAAGGGAUACAUUGAUUUAUCAAAAAGAAGAGUUUCACCGGAGGAGGCCAUCAAGUGUGAAGACAAAUUCACCAAAUCCAAAACUGUGUACAGCAUCCUGCGGCACGUUGCCGAGGUGCUGGACUACAGUAAGGACGAGCAGCUGGAGGACUUGUAUGAGCGCACCGCCUGGGUGUUCGAUGAGAAAUACAAGAGGCCGGGAUACGGAGCCUACGACGUCUUCAAGCAGGCCGUGUCAGACCCGGCCAUUCUGGAUUGCCUGAAAUUAACAGACAGGGAGAAGGACGUGCUCAUUGACAACAUCAACAGGCGACUCACUCCGCAGGCCGUCAAAAUUCGAGCAGACAUUGAAGUGGCGUGCUACGGCUACGAGGGCAUCGAUGCCGUGAAGGAGGCGCUGAGGGCCGGGCUUGGCUGCUCCACGGAGGCCAUGCCCAUCAAGAUCAACCUGAUCGCCCCCCCUCGCUACGUCAUGACAACGACCACUCUGGAGCGCACGGAGGGCCUGUCCGUCCUCAACCAGGCCAUGUCCGCUAUCAAGGAGAAGAUUGAGGAGAAGCGGGGCGUCUUUAACAUCCAGAUGGAGCCCAAGGUGGUGACGGACACGGAUGAGACCGAGCUCGCCCGGCAACUGGAGAGGCUAGAGCGGGAGAACGCAGAGGUGGAUGGAGACGACGACGCGGAGGAGAUGGAGGCCAAAGCGGAGGACUAGAUCCACUCUACUAAACAAACCACACCAGGAGAGAUGUGGACAGACCUCAGUCCCCCCCCCCAGUCCAACAGAUGUUAACUUUCACAUUGCAAACAAUAACUGGCGUUAGUAGUUCAUUGGAAAAGGCCCCCGGUUGGUUGGUUUCAGAAGGCCGUAGCACAGCGAGCUCUCGUCCCAUGCAGAUAUUGAAGGAAAGUUGAGUUACAAGCUAAACGGCCGUAUAGUUUCUUUUUUAAUGACAUCAAUUUGAAUAAAUCUAAAAUAAAACCAGCUGUUCUUGAGCAGUGGCCUUUACUCACCUCUUGUGUACGAGCCCAGUGUCUUCGUUAUGCAUGGCGCUUAUACGGUGCGGUUGGUUCAAAGGGGAGAAGCAAAGGCUCGUCAGUAUCAACGCCGCUCAGGUGGGACUUAUGUGCUUUUUUUUUUUUUU